AUGCUUUCGAGGCUCAAACCCGCCGUAGGGGGCGGCCCGCAGCUUGGGGACAAGCGCAGGAAGAAAGGCAAGCGGAUCCCACAGCUGGAGGAGCUGCUGAGCCAGCGAGAUUUCACCGGAGCCAUCGCCCUGCUGGAGUUUAAACGUCAUGUUGGGGAACAAGAGGAAGAUGCAGAUCUCUGGAUUGGAUAUUGUGCUUUCCAUUUGGGCGACUACAAGAGAGCAUUGGAGGAGUAUGAGGUUUUGACCAAACGACCUGUCUGCAACCCUGAUGUUUGGGUGAAUCUAGCAUGCACUUACUUCUUCCUGGGGAUGUAUGCACAAGCUGAACAGGCAGCCUUGAAAGCUCCCAAAAGUAGACUUCAGAAUCGUCUGCUGUUCCAUUUAGCACACAAGUUUGGUGAUGAGAAGAAACUGAUGAACUUCCACCAGAAUCUGCAGGACAUAACGGAAGAUCAGCUUAGCCUAGCAUCUAUCCACUAUAUGCGAUCUCACUACCAAGAGGCCAUUGAUAUCUACAAACGCAUACUUCUUGAUAACCGGGAAUAUCUAGCCCUCAAUGUGUAUGUGGCCUUGUGCUAUUACAAGCUGGAUUACUAUGAUGUCUCCCAAGAAGUGCUAGCUGUUUACCUUCAGCAAGUUCCUGAUAGCACCAUUGCUCUUAACUUAAAGGCUUGUAACCAUUUUCGACUCUAUAAUGGGAAGGCUGCUGAGGCAGAGCUCAAGAGUCUGAUGGACAGUGCCUCAACAUCAUUUGAGUUUGCUAAGGAACUCAUUAAACACAAUCUGGUGGUAUUCCGAGGAGGGGAAGGGGCUCUUCAAGUACUACCUUCCCUGAUUGAUGUUAUUCCUGAAGUCAGAUUGAAUUUAGUUAUUUACUACCUCCGACAAGAUGAUGCCCAAGAGGCUUACAACUUGAUCAAAGACUUGGAACCUACAACUCCUCAGGAAUAUAUCCUCAAGGGAGUAGUGAAUGCAGUUCUUGGGCAGGAAAUGGUUUCAAGAGACCAUUUAAAAAUUGCUCAGCAGUUCUUCCAGCUGGUGGGAGGCUCAGCCAGUGAAUGUGAUACAAUCCCUGGGAGACAGUGCAUGGCAUCCUGCUUCUUUUUGCUCAGACAGUUUGAUGAUGUCCUAAUUUAUCUCAAUUCAGUGAAGAGUUACUUCUACAAUGAUGACACUUUUAACUUUAAUUAUGCCCAAGCCAAAGCUGCAACUGGCAACACUAGUGAGGCUGAAGAGGUGUUCCUUCUGAUUCAAAGUGAGAAAAUAAAGAAUGAUUUUGUAUACAUCAGCUGGCUGGCUCGCUGCUACAUUAUGAAUAAGAAGCCACGACAAGCUUGGGAGCUAUACCAGAAGAUGGACACUUCAGGAGAGUCUUUUAGCCUUCUGCAGCUUAUUGCAAAUGACUGCUACAAAAUGGGACAGUUUUACUACUCUGCCAAAGCUUUUGAUGUCCUCGAAAGACUGGAUCCUAAUCCUGAAUACUGGGAAGGCAAACGGGGAGCAUGUGUAGGCAUCUUCCAAAUGAUCUUAGCUUGCAGAGAACCCAAAGACACCCUAAGGGAAGUGCUGCACCUCUUAAGGAGUACAGGUAACCCACAGGUAGAGUACAUUGUCCGGAUCAUGAAGAAGUGGGCCAAGGAAAACAGAGUCCCCAUCUAAACUAGCAUUACCCAAGAGGAUGGAAUUGGCUGCCAACUUCUACCAGAAUGUGAAAAUGGCUAUAUUUUAUACGUGGUUGGAAUAAUUCAUUUUUCACCCUAAUGCCAGCACUGUAGAAUAUAAUAAUACAAAAUCCUAAGAACAGAUCUAUAUUUUUUAUAUUAAUGAAAACUGUCUGAAUGUUA